AUGACAAUGGCAACCGAAUGCAGAACAAGGCCUUCAGUCAGUGAAGAGGAGCUGUUUGGAAAUGGUCCAGAAGAACCAGCAGCAGAUAUUAAAGAACAGCUUAUGCGUACAAUCAGCCGGGAAGGUGAGAGGAGAAAAAAAGAAUUCAGGACCUCAAAAAAUGACAAGGAGUUUGAGGAGGACUCUGACAGAGAGAACGAUGAUGUCUUUGUUGGGGUGGAAAUCCACUCGGAGGUUAGAAAGGAGAGGAGUAAGAGUGACUCGAAUCUCCCAGAUCUCGUGCUGAGCAGUGCUAGCACUCAUUCAGAGGGAGAUUUAGAGGCAAAACUGAAUUCUGAAGACUCUCCUGAUGUGGUGGUUAGAAAAAUCUCAACAAGUUCCGGAAGAGAUGGGGAAACCAAGGAUGGAAGCCAGGGAGAUAGAGAGGAGAAUCAAAGUAUAGUAGGCCCAUUGCCAAUAACUAAAGAUAAGUCACCAAAGUUCAGAAGAUCCGUAAGUUUUCAAGACCAAGUAAAAGAUAGAAAAGACAGCAACUCCAACAUGGACACUGAAAAUCGAAGGAAAGAAUAUCGCAUGUCGAGUGGAUAUGGCACAGGUGGGAGUAAUACCUCGCUACAGUCCCAGAUGAGUAACGUGUCUAACAUUAGUCAAGAGACUGAGGGGGACGUCCAACAACACACUACUCAGAAGCUGACGGAGAUAAAUAAUCCCACUGUAUUAGUAGACAAGGGUUUGGAUCCUAGUCAAGAGUCCAAGGUGAAUGUCCAGCAACACGGUACUCAGAAGUUGAUGGAAAUAAAUAAUCCCACUGUAUUAAUAGGCAAGGGCUUGGAUCCUGUAGUCUUAGCCAAGAAGUUAGAACCUUCAGGAAUAAGCAAAAGUGAUGAAUGUAUAGAAAUGGGCAGGAGUAUUAAAUGGAGGGGAUCUGUGUUACCAUUAAUGUAUGAGGGGGAUAAGACAGGGGUUAGAAUUGUUCCCAGAGGAGGGCUUCAGCAAGAAGACACACAGUCACCUGUUAGAAGUGAUCAGUCUUCAGUCAAUGGAGAUGAUGGGUGGGUAAUCAAUAGGGAUGUCAAUGAGUAUUCGAAAUUAACACUGCAUCUGAGUGUGUGUUUCAGCUUUACAUUAGGAGAUGAUGAAGAUCAGACAGCACAGAUAUCGAACCUAAUUCCAGAGGUUGUGACUUCUAUACUUAACCAACCCUCCGUAGAGGAUACAGCUCCAAAUGACCUGUUACCAAAUCUAAGCAUUAUGCAACCAUCAAAUGUUGGGAAUUCUCCCGUAUCACAUCAAGAGGAAGGAUCUACCAAUUCAUCUCAUGAGGGAGUGGAUCCAAAGGCCUGCAGUCAAGAGGGUGGAUCAAACAGUCCCUGUGCUGAGGGAGCUAAUGCUGAUGAUCUAAGUCAUCAUGAUAGCUCUGUCCUUCUACCUGAAUUUGAAAUCCUUUUAGAUCCUAAAACACCAGACAUUGCUAAUAUGGUGUCACCAAGUCUCAAACUAUCAAAGGAAAAAGUGAAAGAAAUUUUCACUCAAUAUUGUGCUCGCCAACCGUCCCUGCCCUCAUCAGCAGGAUUAUCGGUAAAUCUACAAAUACCAGACCGAGUACCUGCCACACCUGACAUCCCCUUGACCAGACAACCCCCCUCCACAGGACACUCCAGCUAUGGAAUUUCUCAAAUUGCCAGUGCUUUUUUUAAGAAUCCUGAGAUAUUUAAUUUUGAAGUAGAAAGUCUACAGAACCUUGUGAGGCUAUUUGGAACACCAACAUCAGGACUAGUGAUCAGGGAAGGGUCCCUGGCAUCUGAUGUCUCAGUGCCUUGUGUAGAGAUAGCAUCACGAUGUAAAGAUAGAGACUGCUCGCUACGCAAAUGUCAAAUGAUGAAGGCAGCUCUUAUAGGUCUUCAGCACGCUUUGGAUGGAUUCCUGGAGAUCUCUGCCUCCCCUGAUGUCCAGAACCUGUGUAUCAGUCUGUAUGAACACGCCAAAAACUGUGAGGAGCCUCCCAUUAGGUGCACAAUACCCUGGUGUUACCUCCUCAGAAGGUUUUCGGAGGUGGAAGGUGUCACUAGUUACACUGUGUUUUACUGGAUGAAGCGGCAGUUUGACACGCCAGUCUGUGAUGAGGACGUCUUUCCUGAAGAAGACCUAGAACACUUCAUUAAGCUAGAGUCUUCACAUCACCACACGGAGUCUACUUCAUUUGAGGUAAUAUCUCGGAUUGAACAGCCUGGUCACUACGGAAAUGUUGCGCUGGUGUCCGAGGUGACCCCUCCUCUGGCCUCGUUUGAUUCGGAGAUGUCCACCACUGACCCCCUCUAUGUUAUAAAACAAAUCAGUAACGAUGAAUCUGAUUUUGAGGUAACACGGGUAUUCGAGAGGCUACGAGAUCUAGAACACCCCAAUUUGAUCCACCACUACUGGAUCGCUGUCUAUCAAAGUCACACCAACAUCUGUCUACAGUACAUACAAGGUGACACAUUGGAGACAGAGUUACAGCGCCGUAUGUUGUUUGCCCCACACAUGGUUUUACAGAUGAUGCGAGAGGUGUUAGGUGCUGUAGAUUUCCUCCAUAGAAACGGAAUCAUCUACCUCUACUGGUCGUUGGGUAACAUUUUACUGGACAGCUUACACAGGAGACUGAUCAUUAACAAUCUGACCCUGUCAGUGACUGAUGAUGAAUUAUAUGAUGUCGGAUACACCAAACAGUCCCUCCCACCAAGUCUGGUCCCUCCAGAGAUGUUUGAGGAUGAAACACUGACCCAUGACAGUGACUGCUGGGGUGCGGCUUGUGUUAUGGUUCACUUGUUAUCGGGUCACCAGAUCUGGUACAGUCAUCGUCAUGACUCCAGAGAAGAACUGUGGGAAAAGGUAAGAUCAGGCUGCUCACCUUUCACAUCAGAGGAAGUCAAAAUCAAAGAAGUGUCACUGUUAGUACUACUUAAGGAAUGCUUUAAGUUAAAAGUGAGUGAGAGAAUAUGUUUUGCGGAGCUUCUGAGACGGAUUAAGUCUGCUUCAGCUGAUGGGAAUUUUGGUCAUCUCUCCGGUGGUUCUUAGUGAAUAUAAGACCACACCACGGUGGUGUAUUGUAUCAAAUCAGUAGUCAGUCAUGCCAAAUUUACACUGGGACUUCGUUCUUUUGUGACCAGGUUCUGCCAAAGCUACACCUAAACUUUAUUCUGUUGUGACCAAGUUCUGCCAAACUCACCGUCAAAUGUGAUUUUUCUUUUUCAUGGACAUAUAAUUGUACAAAAGCAUCAACUUCAAAGAUUAUGCAGUGGAAUGUAUGUACUUUUAUUAUGUCAAACUCUGUGUGAUUUUUUUUUAAGGUCAGUACUUCAAUUGACAGAUUUUAUAACUCAUGUCACAAAGAUCUCCACAUGUAACACUGCCACAAAGGGGGGAUGCCAGAAAUCUGUUGACCUUAUAAAACCAAAUUUGUGCCAUAGCAUCAUAAAGAUAGACUGAUAGGUAUUGAUACUAGUAAAAAGGUUUAUAUAGGAAAUAACAAUCUUAGUUACUGUAUAAGCAAAGAUCCUCAUCAUGGGGAGGAAAUUUCAUUUGAUUCAUUGAUCUGUAUGUUAAAAUGGUUUUGAUGGGACUUAUUUUUGUUUUUGUUGCUUCAGAAUUAACCAUUAGAUAUAUAACCACAAAAAAUUUCCUUUGGAUUUAAUUUUAAUAAUAUUCAUGUUAUCAAGGAAGCAAAUAA